CCCUCCCAGUACUAGGCAGCGGACGGCAAUUGACUCAGCGAAGGUUUCGGCUGCGGUUCACACACUCAGGCAGUUGCCGAUCGGAGGGGGUGGGGGGGUAGCGAGGCUCAUAGUUUUUCCUUUAAAGCGAAACUGUCCGGGAAAGGCGGUUGGAUUUUGUCCUUGCGGAAGCGGAGGGAAACGAUUUGAUGAGACGAACACUCUCCUUGUCUGGCCAGGGGAUUUAACAGUUCACAAUGCCGGUUUUCCACACGAAAACGAUCGAGAGUAUCCUGGAGCCCGUGGCCCAGCAGAUCUCUCACCUGGUGAUCAUGCACGAAGAGGGUGAGGUGGACGGGAAAGCCAUACCAGAUCUGACCGGACCCGUGGCCGCGGUGCAGGCGGCUGUCAGCAAUCUUGUGAGGGUGGGCAAGGAGACGGUCCAGACCACGGAGGAUCAGAUUAUGAGACGAGACAUGCCCCCAGCCUUCAUCAAGGUGGAGAAUGCAUGCACCAAGCUGGUCCAGGCUGCCCAGAUGCUCAGAGCGGACCCCUACUCUGUACCGGCUCGUGAUUAUCUCAUCGAUGGAUCGCGGGGCAUUCUCUCCGGGACGUCGGACUUGCUCCUCACGUUCGAUGAGGCUGAGGUCCGUAAAAUCAUCCGUGUGUGCAAGGGCAUCCUGGAGUACCUGACAGUGGCAGAGGUGGUGGAGACCAUGGAGGACUUGAUCACCUACACCAAAAACCUGGGCCCAGGCAUGACGAAAAUGGCAAAGAUGAUUGACGAGAGGCAGCAGGAGCUGACGCACCAGGAGCACAGAGUCAUGCUGAUCAACUCCAUGAAUACGGUGAAGGAGCUGCUGCCAAUACUGAUAUCAGCCAUUAAGAUUUACGUGACAACUAAGAGCACCAGGAGUCUGGGAGUGGAGGAGGCCCUGAAGAACCGCAACUUCACCUUCGAGAAAAUGAGCUGCGAGAUCCACGAGAUCAUCCGUGUGCUGCAGCUCACGUCCUGGGACGAGGACGCCUGGGCCAACAAGAAGGAUUCUGAGGCCAUGAAGAGAGCCUUGGCACUCAUCAACUCCAAGAUGAACCAGGCGAAAGGCUGGCUGCGGGACCCGAACGGCCAACCAGGAGAUGCCGGGGAGCAGGCGGUGCGGCAGAUCCUGGACGAGGCGGGCAAGGUGGGCGAGCUGUGUGCGGGCAAGGAGCGACGGGAAAUCCUGGGCACAGCCAGAACCCUGGGCCAGAUGACGGACCAGGUGUCGGAGCUGAGGGCGAGGGGGCAGGGGGGGUCACCGGUGGCCAUGCAGAGGGCCCAGCAGGUGUCCCAGGGGCUGGACAUGCUCACAGGGAAGGUGGAGAAUGCAGCUCGCAAGCUGGAGGCCAUGACUACGUCCAAGCAGGCCAUCGCCAAGAGGAUCGACGCAGCCCAGGGCUGGCUGGCCGACCCAAACGGCGGCCCGGAAGGGGAGGACAAUAUCCGGGCGCUGCUCGCAGAGGCCCGGCGCAUCGCGGAGCUGUGCGAGGACCCCAAGGAGCGGGACGACAUCCUGCGCUCUGUGGGCGAGAUCGCCGCCCUCACUGCCAAGUUGUCCGAGCUGCGCAGACUAGGUAAAGGUGACACCCCUGAGGCCCGCGCCCUGGCCAGGCAGAUCGGCGCAGCUUUGCAGAACCUGCAGUCCAAGACGAAUCGAGCCGUGGCCAACAGCCGGCCCGCCAAGGCUGCUGUCCAUCUAGAAGGCAAAAUGGAGCAGGCCCAGCGCUGGAUCGACAACCCCACAGUGGACGACCGUGGGGUCGGCCAGGCCGCUAUCCGCGCACUAGUGGCAGAGGGCCGGAGACUGGCCAUCGCCACGCCAGGCCCGAGCCGGCAGGAGCUGCUGGCCCGGUGCGAACGUGUGGAUCAGCUGAUGGGCCAGCUGGCGGAGCUGGCGGCCCGCGGCCAGGGCGACUCCCCACAGGCCCAUGCCACGGCUCAGCAGCUCCAGGAGGCCCUCAGAGACCUGAAGAAGAAGAUGCAGGAGGCGAUGACUCAGGAAGUGUCUGAUGUCUUCAGUGACACCACCACGCCCAUCAAGCUGCUUGCGGUGGCAGCCACCGCCCCGCUCAACACCCCGAACAGGGACGAGGUGUUUGACGAGCGGGCCGCGAACUUCGAGAGCCAUGCCAACAGGUUGGGCGCCACGGCCGAGAAGGCGGCCGCCGUGGGCACAGCCAACAAGGCCACUGUGGAGGGUAUCCAGACUGCAGUGAAGUCUGCAAGGGAGCUGACGCCCCAGGUGGUGUCAGCCGCCCGCAUCCUGCUGAAGAACCCAGGGAACCAGGCAGCCUACGAGCACUUUGAGGCCAUGAAGAACCAGUGGAUCGACAAUGUGGAAAAGAUGACAGGCCUGGUGGAUGAGGCCAUUGACACCAAGUCCCUGCUGGACGCCUCCGAGGAGGCCAUCAAGAAGGACAUCGACAAGUGCCGGGUCGCCAUGACCAACGUGCAGCCACAGAUGCUCGUCGCCGGGGCCACCAGCAUCGCCCGCCGUGCCAACCGCGUCCUGCUGGUGGCCAAACGGGAGGUGGAGAACUCGGAGGACCCCCGCUUCCGUGAGAUGGUGAAGGCCGCCUCGGAUGAUCUCAGCAGGACCAUCUCGCCCAUGGUGAUGGAGGCUAAAGGCGUGGCAGGGAGGAUCCAGGAUCCAGCCCUGCAGAAGAGCUUCUUGGACUCCAGUUACCGCAUCCUGAGUGCCGUGGCCAAAGUUAGGGAGGCCUUCCAGCCGCAGGAGCCGGACUUCCCCCCUCCACCCCCAGACCUGGACCAGCUGCAUCUUAAUGAUGAGCUGGCCCCACCCAAGCCACCGCUCCCCGAGGGGGAGGUGCCCCCUCCACGCCCACCACCUCCAGAGGAGAAGGACGAGGAGUUCCCUGAGCAGAAGGCAGGUGAAAUGGUGAGCGAGCCCAUGAUGGUGGCGGCCCGGCAGCUCCACGAUGAGGCCCGCAAGUGGUCCAGCAAGCCCGAUGUCCCAGAUGAGGGCUUUCAGGCCACCAGGCCGGAUAUGUAUGUUUAUGAUGAGGAUGAUGCUGAGUUCACAGACCAUGAAGAUGAUUAUGAGCCUGAGCUGCUCUUAAUGCCCACCAAUCAGCCCGUUAACCAGCCCAUGCUGGCUGCCGCUCAAGCUUUACACCGGGAAGCGCGCAAGUGGUCCAGUAAGGGUAACGACAUCAUUGGUGCUGCCAAGCGCAUGGCUCUGCUGAUGGCGGAGAUGUCCCGGCUGGUGCGGGGGGGCAGCGGGAACAAGCGAGCCCUCAUCCAGUGCGCUAAGGACAUCGCCAAAGCCUCCGAUGAGGUUACCCGGCUGGCCAAGGAGGUGGCCAAGCAGUGUACGGAUAAGCGCAUCCGCACCAACCUGCUUCAGGUGUGCGAGCGGAUCCCCACCAUCAGCACACAGCUGAAGAUCCUGUCCACCGUCAAGGCCACCAUGUUGGGACGGACCAACAUCAGCGAGGAGGAGUCGGAGCAGGCUACGGAGAUGCUGGUCCACAACGCCCAGAACCUUAUGCAGUCCGUGAAGGAGACAGUGAGAGAAGCGGAGGCGGCUUCCAUUAAGAUCCGGACGGACGCGGGGAUCACCCUACGCUGGGUCAGGAAGACCCCCUGGUACCAGUAAGGCAGACCCUCCCUCCCCACCUCGAACCAGAGGUGUGAACACUGAACCCAGCACUGCAGUGGCGGCUGACCGGAUGUCGUGGUGGGUCGCCUCUACCUGAAUCACCAUGGGAACGCUUCGGGGUUUUUCAGUAUAUGAUUUGCUUGCAUCACCCAUCAUGGUCGGGUUUAAAGUUUUUCUUUGUCUCAGCAGAACUUAACAUGGUGGGUACUCUUCAGGAUUGUUCGCUGUACAAUGUAUAUAUGCAUCUCUUUCCGCCUCCUUAGUGCUUUCCGGAAGUGUGACAGCCACACACACUUCAGUCACGGCUGUGCGCACUAACCAGAGGAUCCUAACUUUUUAGCGAAAUGUUGCUCUCGGAGUAAUAUUUAUUUAACAGCUGAAAUGGGGUUUUGCUUUGUGGAUGGUUCUGGGAUGUUUGGGUUUUAGGAUUUUUUUUUUUUUCUAAUGUUUGAAACGAAGCCAAAGAUUUAGUUUUUAAAGACAGAUUUUUUUCUUUGUAUUUUAGCAAUAUCUGAAAAUUGUUUGUUUACUAAGCAACAUGAAAACUAUAAAAAAAAUUUUAUAUAUAUAGAUUUUAAUGGGGGGGGGGUGUACGAACCCAAGCAUAACUGACCUUUUUAUGAGACAACUCAUGUAAGCACCCAGUCGAUAGGAAGGUUUACUAGUAUAGCAUUGCAGACACGAUUUAUAACCAUUAAAAAAUCUGCACUUUUCACUUUGCUAAAAGCUACCCAUCCUCACCUGACACAUACCCAAUUCUCACCUUUUUGUGUGAAGCUAUCAGAUGUGAGAAGAAUGUAUUCGGGAUCCCGGGGGAUCGUGUGCCUGAAACUCUUUUUGGCAGCCCGUUAUCCCCAGUCACUCGUGACAUUUGAAAUUCCUUCAUUCAGCUGUUGUUUUCUCUGACAAAGUAUUGCUUUGUCCAUAACACUUACAUACUUCUGCAGACAUACACUAGUUUACUCCCUAGAAACUUUGUGCCUCACAAGUAAGGAUUACAGAAGGUGAUACUCCUAACGUAACUGUCGGAAAGAUGGUUUAGGAAACUCUGUGACGACCACCUGGUUUUGAAUGUAAAUGUACACUUGGAGUCUUGAUUUACAGUGCCUCAUAAGGAUCUGAUCUCUGUGCCUUGGAAUAAAAACUAAACGUUUGAUAAAAGCA